UUUAGGUCACGUAUAGGUCUACGUUACACUUAUGGCCAUUCCUAAGUGCUGUAGCUGUGUCGUUAAGACAGUAUUCCAAGGGAGAAAUAACUCGACGUCCACAGAUCCUGUUACAACAGUUUUUCUCGAUGGUGAAACUUCUGGAUCUACAAGCAAGGCAGAUCUCACUUUAGGUUCAGGGGAAUGUCAUCACUAAUGCAAUGCCCGCUGAACACUUGAACUAGACAAGCUACAGCUGACAAGCUAUUAGUACACGACGGACAUUGGCUUGAAAACCUGGAUUGCCACUGACUAACACCAGGGCUGAGAUGAAGCGUCUUCACGUAAUCGAACCUGUGGUGGGUAUGUUUGCCUUCGCAUUGUUCAUGACAUAUCCAGUGGUUCAACAGUAUGUCUAUAGACGCCUUUGGGAGCAGCUCACCAGUUCUCCCUACCCAAGUGACCUGAACUUCAGUCACUGUGUGGUCGACAACAGCACACUGAGCAGGCAGCAUGAGGAGGUGCAACGGGAGGCAUCGCUUUUUUUCCUGUACAGCGAGCUCUGCAUUAUGCUCCCCAGCCUCAUCAUCUCCCUGCCUCUUGUCUCCUACAGCGACCACCAUGGUCGCAAGGUAGCCAUCAUCCCCCCACUGGCUGGGGAGGUUGUCUUUGCCCUCACCUAUACUGUGGUGAGCCGCUUUUCAUUGAGCCUCAAAUUUUUGCUGGGCGCUGCCUUUGUGUCAGGUGUCCUGGGGGGCCCCUUCUCACUAGUGGGGGGCUGCUUCGCCUAUGUGGCAGACCGCUGCGGCCAAGCCGAGGAAGGUGGAAAGAAGACAGUGCAUAUGGCAGUGCUGGAUAUGAUCCUGGGUGCACUGUCGGGCUUGGCAUCCCUCUGCUCAGGCUUCUUUAUCCAAACAGCUGGAUUCACCUGGCCCUUUCUAACUGCAGGCUUACUACACCUCACGAACCUAGGAUAUGUGCUCUGCAUCCUCCAGGAGACUGUAGUGGUGCCACCUAUCUCUGCCCCUUCCAAUGACUCCUGCCAGCGGUCUCACAUGGAGGACCUGCGUGGACGCCUCCAGGGCGUGUACCUCCUCUUUGCGACCUCCAGCCGGCAGAGAAGCAUCUUGCUAUCCAUCAUUCUACUGGCUUUUGGGUUUUACAAGGUGGCCAACCAGGGUGGCAUGUCCAUCUUCAUUUUGUAUGAGCUCAACAUGCCACUGUGUUGGAAUGAAGUGCUGGUGGGCUAUGGCUCAGCACUUUCUGCUGCAGUCUACAUGACAAGCUUUGCCGGAGUUUACAUCCUCUCACUCUGCCUGCAUGAUGCUUACAUUGUCCUCCUCGGCCUCCUGUCUACUGUUGCUGGCCUGGUCAUGGCUGCUUUCGCCAAGACAACCCUGCUCAUGUUCCUGGUGAGGGUGCCCCUGGUCUUCUCCAUCAUGCCAGCACCAGUUCUGAGAUCCAUGAUGUCCAAAAUAGUUCUUAGCUCCGAGCAAGGUGCCAUGUUUGCCUGUGUGGCCUUUGUGGAAAUGCUGAGUAUAGGUGCAGCCUUCACAGUGUUCAGCAGCACGUAUGCGGCCUCUGCCUCCUGGUUCUCGGGCUUCAGCUUUCUACUGGCCUCUGCCUUGACACUCAUUCCCAUGGUUCUCAUUAGCUGGGUUUUGUGCUUGCAUCUGGAUGUAACGGAUGAAAUCCAUGGACUCACAAGUGAGGAGACAGAGUCUGCUCAGGAAACACUACAGAUGUCCAGCUGAGAUCUGAGAUGAAGGACAGAUUCUUCACCACUCUGUCCUGGUGAAUGGCCUCAGUCUAUAGUGUCCAUGGUAUGCCACAGAGGAGCACCCUUAGUGGACACCUGCAGAAUGGACAAGAAGUCAUUGAGACUUCUCAGAGCCUACCUGCACCCUACCUAGCUGUUACAUAUCACGAAUCAUCAAGUUGAUAUUUUAAAAUGUUUAUUAUUACA